ACUGUCUUCUUGGGUCCAAAUUUAUAACAGUAGAAUCACAUAGAGUGGGAUCUGAAAGAUUUGUUGUGGAAAUAAAAAGAAUUUUCACAACUUUAAUAUCUUGAAAAAUUAUAACGUGAUAUUAAUUAUGUAAGAAAAUCCUGUGAAGUGCUUUUUUUUAACUCUUCAAAGAUUGUCACAGCUUCUCUUGCUGUUGUGACAUUCCGGCUUACAAUUGUAACCUACAAUUUGUCUACUUUGUCAAAACAGGAUAACGACAUCACCGAAUAAAAUUUAUUCGAUUAAAGCAGUCGAAGGUUCAAUUAUAGUAACAUGACACGGAAAUGUGCUCUUUGCAAGGCAACAAACUAUAAACAAACUUACAGCUUUUUUUCUGCUCCAAAAGAUCCAGAGAUUAGGAAGAAAUGGCAAGCGAUAAUCCCUUUCCCAGAUUACAAAGUCUCUGACGAUACUUUUGUUUGCAGUAAACACUUUAGGCCUAGUGACAUUAUCACGCAUUGGGUCAGCGGAGUCCCUCCACACGUUGUUACAAUAAAGUACAAGAAAUGCAGGUUACGGGUGGGGGCAGUACCAUUUGUGGAUGUUGCAACCAGCGAUAAUCCAAAUGAUGAAGUUCAAUUUGAGCAAGCCGGUUCCAACGAUGGAAUACCAACAAAUGAAAUAGAUUUUCCAAUUUCUAAAGCAAAACUUGAGGAGUCUAUCGCCGACAAUGAAGUACCUAAAGACACCUACGCUAUCUCUAGGAUUCCUCAGUCAAGUUUCGAAGAAUCUAAUGGAACGAUAAAACAAUCGAUCAGAUUUACACGUGUUGGUCAGAUGCAGGAUUCUGCAGGAGACACAGAAGUGAGAGGAUUUGAUGGGUCUGAAGAAUUAUUCGAGUAUGAAUAUGAAUCGAUUCAGGUAGACAAAGCAGAUAUAUCUGUGGAUACAAAGGCAUUGGAAGAAAAUUCAGAUAAUCAGGUUAAUAGUAAAUUACUCAAUGCAAGGACAUAUCGAAACGUAUAUACUAAGCGGGACUCGCGAGUUCAUAGUAUAAGAUCCGAGCCAACUGCCCCAAUUACGGCUGAAGUACAACAAAUGGAGGUUGAUCCUCUGAUUUUGAACACUGAAUAUCUCACGGAAAUUGAUAUCCCUAAACAUGAAAAUAUUUUAGAGAAUGACGAUAGAAAAUCUCAAAGACAAGAUCUUGGGAAUCAUGUGAUGGAAAUAUUGCAAUGUCAAGUUGAAGCAAAGAAUGCUGAAAACAAAUCCACCUUAACUUCGUGUGACACUAUGCUCUUCGAAGAUUUACUCGAAAUUUAUACAGAAGUAACGCUUCCGCGUGGUUGGGCGUGUCUUGUAACUUCCAAGGGACGUUCUACGACAGUUGUUUAUCUCUACAUGAAUACGCCUACAAAUCACAUACCUGUGGUUGAAAAAGAGGUAUACAUAAAGAGCGAUAUGAUCAUGCACUGCGGAGUCGGGAGCAAAGAAAUUGAUCUCUUCCUUCACGGUCUCAUCAAAGAUGGCAGAGAUAAUAAGGUUCGCACUUUAUCCGACAUAGAAGAACUCAUCGAUGAAUUAGAUCAACGACAUAUUUGCGAAGGCGGUCCGAUUGUGCACAAUUUUGACGAUGUAGAAGUCGGUGUUGCAUAUAUCGAUGGUAUAAAAUGGAGGCACACAGGAUGUCCGAUUGUAAUUAAUAACGGAUCAAUGAAAUGUUCUAAAUGUGUCCGUCUCAAUGGUACAAUUGCUCGCAGAAGAAAUAGAACUUCAGGAGCAUCGAGAAUGGACAUGCUUUUAGAAAAAGAAAAACAGAUAGAAAGAUUACAGAGAUCAUUGGCAAAAGUGGAAAGACGAAACGAAAAAUUAAAGAAAAGUGGAGAUAGUUUCAAGAAUAGAGUCAGACUUAUGGUCGAUCAAGAAACAAAAAAAAUACAAAAGGCGAUACAAGUCAGCUUCACCAAGGUAGCUUUAGAUCUGGUUUUUUCCAAUCCCAGUUUAUCGUAAAAGAAACCUCGCUUUCUCAUCGCUUAGCUCGUUAUGGGAAAAUGUCAUGGUGUGAGCUGAUAAAUAAUUGAAAGUCUUUCAUAUUUUGUAUACAAAUUGAAUUACAGAGCUCUGUACAGAUCUUCGACAGUUGGAUGAAUUGAAUAUUAGACGAGAAAAUUGUACUUUUACUUUAUAUGCUCAACUGCAAGGUAUUGUUGCCAAAGUCAACGAAAUCGUUUCGCAUGAGUAAGGAGUUUUUUUUUCUCGCUCAUCGUUACAUGCGAAUUCUCAAUCAUGUGACUUUCCUCACUAGGCUUUCUAAAGCACACCCAUUGUUAUUUGAUCCGGGCUUGUUUAGUUGUUGCCUAAUUUGAAGGAGGAGAAAAAGAACUAGUAUUAAGUUUUAUUUGACAAAUAAAGGCUGGGAUAUAAAUAUUCCAAUUUAAGAAUA